ACAUCUAACACACCUGCUACAACCCCGACUGUCACAAGUACACCUACUUCUACCACAACUAUUACAACCCCGACUGUCACAAGUACUACAACUACCGUCACAAGUACACCUACUUCUACCACAUCUACUAUAACUCCUACCACCACAAGUACAACUACCACAGGUACUACAACCUCUACUGUCAUAAGUACAUCUACUGCUACCACGGAGAGUACAACUCCUAACACUGCUACAAGUACCUCUACUUCUCCCACAAGUAGUACAAUUCCUGCUACCCCCUCAAAAACAUCUACUGCUACCAUACAUACUACAGGUUACAGCACACCUUGCAAAGAGGAUUCCUGUCAGGGUGGUUCUUUGUGUGUUAAUCUGCAUGAUGAUUAUGUUUGCCUGUGUUCAGAGGGAUAUUACUAUAAUUCUUCCACAUGCAAUAAAGGAAAGAUAUUCCCUGGUACUAUUAAGGUCAAAAUAUCAUACACAGCUGCAUUGGAAAAUAAAACUUCUAUGCUGUAUCAGGAAUUAUACAUUCUAGUUACUACAUUUUUUAAAGAUACAUUUAAAAUUUCUGAUUACGGACAGACUGUAAUUGUUAAAGUAAGCACAUCCGCUUCAGCAAGAUCUGAAAUGCGUGCUGGUAACCAGGGUGUUGACGUAGCAGUAGUAAACAUUUUUACAGAAACUACAAAGGAAAAUGAGACAACCAUAUCAAAUGCCAUUAGAAAUGCGAUUAAAGCACAACCAAGUAACUUUUCAGGAUAUGACCAGCAAGAUCGGUGUGAUUACUAUGGUUGUAAAAAACCAAAUGACCAAAAUGACUGUGACAGUGGUUCACUAUGUGAGUGCCAAGAGGGGCUGGUGAGACCAAACCCACAGAUGCUUAUGUGUGUUGCUUUGGGUCCAACGUGUCCUGAAACCUGCAAUGAACAGAGCAAGAAGCAAUGCCUAGUGAAGAACAGCACGAGUGCUGUCUGCAUAUGCCUGCCAGGCUACGAGGAAAAUAAAGGGAUUUGUCAAAAGUGUGCAUUUGGCUACAAUGGAAUCAAUUGUAAAGACUCAUUUCAGCUGAUCCUCACAAUCGUGGGCACCAUUGCUGGCAUCGUCAUUCUUGGCAUGGUGAUUACACUCAUCGUCUCAAUGAGGUUAAAGAACAAAGGCAAGAAUGGGGAAGAAGAGACCUUGAUUGAGAAGGACUCGCAAAAUCUGAGACUCAAGGAGACUGGCUUUAGCAAUCUAGGCGCAGAGGGGAGCAUCUUCCCUAAGAUCAGGGUGAACCUGCCCAGAGACAACCAGCCAGAGAACCCCUACACAAGGCCGGGUAUUCUACCCGGACCAGACUAUUAGAAUUUUGUAAGAAUUUGGAUCCAUCCACAGCCCCUCAACCUAACAUAUGAGCUUUUAUUUGGAAUGUUCAAAAGACUGAUGGAGAAGGGAGCAGCCUUGAAGAUCUGGCCUUUGGUACUUCUCUUCCAUCCAACAUCUAGCCUCUCUGAAUGGAAGUUGUGACUAUUUACAAUGAAUACAGCUUGUUUGCUAACUAAGUACCUAUGAAAUUAAAUGCAUAUAGAUACUGUGAGCAUUUGCAAGAUAGUUGAUUUGCUCCAGUCAGGACAAUGGUUAGUUUUUCUUCCUGGUGGGGCAACAAUAACCAUUUCCUAUCUGGAAGGAAGCUCCCCAGGAUUAUUCACUCCUGGAAGAGUCUAGAAGAAUGUUGCUUGGAGUUGAUACACUGCAGAUAAGUGGCGUAAUUUUGGAAGACUCUUACACACCAGCUAUGGAGGUCCCAGGCAAUGGGAAGAGAGACCAUCCUUCAAGGUGCUCAAGUUCAUUCUCUGGCAAGUUAAAACAGAGAUGCUACUUCUGUUCCUCAAAUAUAGGGAUUUCAUUCCCCUGCCGGGAGUUUGUGACCUGGCCUCACACCCAGGGGACAGAAAAAGAGACAUGUCUCUUAGUUUUUGAGGAGCAGUUACUGGCAAUCCAGGACCUUCUUAAUGUCAACUAGAAGGCCUGGACUGAAAAUGUCCCUCGAGCCUUGCGAUACAGAUUCCAGAGGUACUUCACCAAAGCUUCGGCCUUCCCUCAGAGGCUCAGCAGCGGCCACCAACAUACACACAGCCAAGAAUGGGGACAGUCACCUCGAGCACAGUCUUUCUUUAAUGUUAACAGCAUCCUUGUUUCUGUCUAAUGUUCUGUCUCCUUGCAAGUUAUUUUUUAUUAUUAUUAUUAUUUGUUCUUGACUGUUAACUAUAAAAGAUAACAAAUAAAGUGUCUUUAAAA